CUUCACGCUACGUAGUGACGCGUGACGUUUCCGCCGCUCCUGACUGCGCAUUGGCCGGAGCGUUGCUGGUUCGUGCGGCCGGGAUGGAGACCGUCCUCAGCGACCUGGUGGCGGUGGAGGAUUUAGUGCGGUUCGAGAAGAAGUACCUGGCCGAGCUGUCCGCGGGGGCGCUCAGUAAGAGCACGCAGUUCGAGUACGCCUGGUGCCUGAUCCGAAGCAAGUACUCCGACGACAUCCGCAAGGGAGCCGUGCUGCUGGAAGAACUUUUACCAAAGGGAAGCAAAGAGGAGCAAAGGGAUUAUCUAUUUUACCUGUCUGUGGCGCAUUACAGGUUAAAGGAGUAUGAGAAAGCCUUGAGAUACAUCAGGACUCUCCUCAGCGCUGAACCAAAUAACUCGCAGGCCAAGGAGGUGGAGAAAGUGAUUGAGAAGACCAUGCAGAAAGACGGUCUCGUCGGCAUGGCUAUUGUCGGUGGGAUGGCUCUCGGAGUCGCAGGGUUGGCCGGCCUCAUCGGGUUGGCCAUUUCCAAGUCCAAAUGAAGAAUUUCGCCCCCGGGUCGCUUCACGUUGCACAGCUUAACCCAAUAAUCCGACGAUGUUUUCCUUAUUAUAAAAAAAAAUAAAAGUUUUAGAAUUUUUUUUCGUAAAUAUGUUAUAAAACACUAUGUUUUGCUAAAAAUAAUUUAUUAAAUAAAUAUUGUAGAAUACUAGGAAUUGUCCGAAGUGUUAUGCGUUGAACCAACUUUUUGAAUUUUCGCAGUUUGUGUUGAACGGCCGCAUGAGGCUUUUUUAAUUAAUACUUUAAACUUUAACAAUAUUAUACUUUAUAAGAUUUA